AUGAUCAACGGACACAACGGGGGCCAUUCCGCUGCCAACAUCUCCGAUUCGGGUUCCGAAUUCUCAGGUGAUUCCAGCAAUGGCUCUGCAGGCGCUGUCCGACGUAGGUUGGACCGCAAGAUGUCUAGCCCCAUGGCACCUCCUUUCAUGGUUUCGGCCCCAGGAAAGGUGAUUGUCUUUGGCGAGCACUCUGUCGUCCAUGGCAAGGCCGCCAUCGCUGCAGCCAUCUCGCUGCGAUCAUACCUUCACGUCACCACCUUGUCCAAGUCGAAGCGCACCGUUUCUCUACGAUUCCCAGAUAUCGAUUUGGUUCACACCUGGAACAUUGACGAGCUGCCAUGGCAGGCGUUCCAACAACCAUCCAAGAAGAAGUCAUACUACUCUCUCGUCACCGAACUUGACCCCGACCUCGUCGCCGCUCUUCAGCCACAUAUCAACGUCGUUUCCCCCGACCGCCCAGAAGAAAUCCGCCGAGUACACCGCAGUUCAGCAUCUGCAUUCCUCUACCUUUUCCUCUCACUAGGAUGGCCUUCAUUCCCUGGCUGUCUUUAUACUCUGCGAUCGACAAUACCAAUUGGUGCUGGCCUGGGUAGCAGCGCAUCCAUCUCAGUCUGCCUUUCGGCUGCGCUUCUUCUACAACUACGCACCUUGUCCGGCCCUCACCCAGAUCAGCCCCCAGAUGAGGCUCGACUUCAGGUGGAGAGAAUCAACCGAUGGGCCUUCGUGUCGGAAAUGUGUAUCCACGGUAACCCCUCGGGCGUGGAUAACACUGUAGCCACACAGGGCAAGGCUGUGGUCUUUCAGCGUACCGACUACUCUAAGCCACCAUCUGUUAGACCACUCUGGGACUUCCCUGAGCUGCCUCUUUUGCUGGUAGAUACCCGACAAGCUAAAUCGACCGCGCAUGAGGUGGGCAAGGUAGCAAAGCUUAAGCAAACACACCCCAAGCUUGUAGGAACCAUUCUGGAUGCUAUGGAUAGAGUCACGAAUACCGCUGCCGACCUGAUUGAGGACAUUCACUUUGAUAAUGAGUCAGAGGAGUGCCUUACUAAGGUUGGUGAGCUGAUGACCAUCAACCAUGGUCUGCUUGUGUCACUUGGCGUCUCCCACCCUCGUUUGGAACGAGUACGAGAGCUUGUGGAUCACGAGGGUAUCGGUUGGACCAAGCUUACUGGUGCCGGCGGUGGAGGCUGCUCUAUUACACUUCUCCGACCCGACGCACCUGCAGAGAAGUUGCAUAAGCUGGAAGAGCAACUCGAGGAUGAGAAUUACGCCAAGUUUGAGACCACUCUUGGUGGUGACGGCGUUGGUGUGCUGUGGCCUGCCGUUCUCAAGAAUGGUACCGUGGAGGAUGAUGAGGGUGGUAUGGAGAUUGACCUGGAGAAAUUUCUCAACGCCGAGGGUACCGAAGGAGUUGAAAAGCUCGUAGGCGUCCACGGCGAUACUGGAGAACGAGAGGGAUGGAAGUUCUGGCGGGUCGAGAGCCGGUGA